AUGGCUCCUAUUCCCAGCGACAAGUCUGAUUCAGCAUCAGAAUCACCAAUUGAUUUGGCUGCUGGAUAUUUAGGGGUACUUAUACUAGCAAUGUGUGCUCUAUUGUUGCUCAUGCUUACAUCAUAUAUUGAAUAUAAUCGGCUGCUGGAUCAAGAACUGCUACAUCCGAGCAAAAACAGCUCUCGGCACAACGAGGUUGAAAGCAAAAUCUUUACUCAGCACAAUCACGCUGAAGAAAACUAG